AUGGUGCUUAUCAGAACUUAGGGAAAAACCUUAACUUUAAAUCAAAAGUAUGCACAUGUGCAGAAACCUUAGCUUGGGUUCACUAGUGAGGGCCUCUAGGAUAUGAACGAGGAAGAAUUGGAAGGAAAUCUAGGUAGACUAGAUGGAUUGGCUAUAACAAAGAUGAUGCUCGCAUCGUCAUUAAACUAAGCUUCCAGAAAACCAAAUGGUAUCAGAAAGCUGAAAAAACUCUCAAAUGAUAACUAUAAGAUUCUCAAACCUAAGCCUUGUCUCCUUAUAAAGAAGAGCAACAGAGUUAAAAAACUGAGAUUUUCAAAAAUCUAAAGAUUUGGAAGAAAAUCAAAGCCAAUGCGCAAGAGAGAGUCCUCCAUGUUGGGUUACUUAGGCGGUAGAGAUGUUCACAAUGAGUGGGAAACUGAAAGCACAAAAACUGGGUACUCUAACUCAUCUACUUCAAGUGUUGUUAAUAAUAAGUUUGGAUUCCUAAGCGCCCCUUUAUAGGAGUUUACUGAUAUUUGGCAAAAUAGCACUCAAAGAAAGAAUGUUCCCCUCCUAAUUGUGAAUAGACAAUAAAAGAGUUUGGAUUCUGAAAAUAAGAAUACUUAAUUUAAUGACUUAAAUACUGGAUUAUCAAUUAAAUUAAAAAGUCUUACUGAUAAAAGGAAAAAACAGCCUUUCAAGUUGAUAUUCGAGGAGGAUUAUCCGAAGAUAUUCAAGAAUCCUUGCAUUAGUGAUGAGCAGUUGAAAGAACAUAAUUGUGACAAUGAUUAUGAUACUGAUGAAGACUAAGUGAACAAUAAUAAGAGAUUGUUAAGAGAAUCAUUGCUAGAGGCUCUAGGCGUUUUCGUUAAGAAGGAUCCUCUAGACUAAGUUCAAAAUCUCUAUGACAAGUCUUUAAAAGCUUUUGAUACAAGAUCUAAAAGGUACUAAAAAUAAUCGUAAGAUUCAAUUUAAAAUGUCGAAGAAACUAACUAACUUAAGUAAUAUGGCUAGCUAGGCUUCCUCUGA